AUGGCUUGGAGUAUUCUCCCUGUUCUGCUGGCUGUAUCGCUCGUGGGAGCGACCCCUCCAGGUAUCCCGUCAACGUCUUCAGCCAAGUCGCAGCUGUCUUCCUUGACGGUGGCCGCUCAGGGUUCUCAGUCUGGAUAUAGCCGGGAUCUGUUUCCUCACUGGAUAGAUCAAGGAAACUCAUGCAACACCCGCGAAGAUGUCCUCAUCCGUGACGGAACAGGAGUGACUACUGGCUCCGCAUGCAAAAUCACCGCCGGGUCGUGGUACUCGCCUUAUGACGGUGCGACAUGGACUGCAGCUAGCGACGUGGACAUUGACCACGUCGUUCCCCUGUCUAACGCAUGGAAGUCUGGAGCAUCGAGCUGGACAACCGAGGAGCGGACGGCUUUUGCAAACGACCUGGAAAACCCGCAGCUCAUGGCUGUCACGGAUAAUGUCAACCAGGCCAAGGGCGACAAGGGUCCUGAGGAUUGGCAGCCCCCUCUAUCUUCGUACCAUUGCACAUAUGCGAAGAUGUGGGUUCGCGUCAAGUCUGUUUACGACCUGACGAUUACCUCGAAGGAGAAGUCGGCGUUGCAGGACAUGUUGGCUACUUGCUAGCGGCGCUUGGAGAUAUCGAGACGAGUAAUUUGGAUUAGACUAUUCAUGACUAUACCCGCGUAGACUUCACAAAUGCAUCUGGUCAGCAAUGUAUACAUACUGCUACUACGGGGAUUGAUGGAAAUAUUUCCCAGCGAUUGCAGAGUCUAAGACUGAUAUCUAGCAAGUCAUGAAACAUAAAAGGUCAAACACCACAUCGUACCGGAAUACAUUCUCUUCCCAUCAACUGCCGGCUCUUUUUAGCUUCAACGUGAGUAUAUACUC